UGACAAUUUAAUAUUGCCACUAACAUGUCAAUAUUUAUAAACUAAAUCACAUCAUUCAAAAAUAUAUUCAAAAUUGCUAGUGAAAAUGACUCUUAAAGGGUUAACCGUUAUUAUAAUAUUUUUUCUCAGUUUAAUUAAAAAUUCAACAGGCUGUGACACUUGCAAUAAAACAUAUGUGGCUCCAGGCAACAUAAAAUUUCCUUAUGGAGACGAAUAUUACAUGGCUUGUGAUGUUACUGCACACGAUAUUAACACAGUAGUAUGUCGCGAUUUAGAAGAUCGUAUUCCAGAAUAUAGCCGCUGUCCUUAUCCACCAGCAGAUCCAAAUGAUAUGAAACAAACAAACCCUUAUGUGCCUUGUAUAGAAUUUUCCCAUAUGCCUGGUCCUAAACCAAUACCCUUAGAUGCACAAGUUUCUUCAACUGAUGCAGUAUGCACUAGUUGUGAUGUAAAAGUGACACCAGAUGGUGGUGCAGUAAAUAUGAAAUGUAUUGGAUGUCAUGAGUUACCUACUCCAGAACAUGCAGCUAAUGGGUCAGAAAAGGAACUGAUUUUUACAGUCUACUAUAUGGAAAUAGCUAAUUAUACUUCUGUUAAUGUCCAAGGCAGCGAAAACAUGAACCCUUAGUAAAACUUGUUUUUUAAUA